AUGGCACAGGCUAGUCGAAUCUGCCAUGGCGUGCAAAACCCACGUCUCAUCUCCAAUUUCUUUUCAUCUCACCAACACAAAUCGCCAUUCUCGGUCUCGAUGAAGACGCAGCAACAGCUCGGAACUUACCGGAGUUCGUCGUCCGGCUUGAAGAAGACAGGAACUACGAUUCGUCCAGUUCGAAUCACGGCUUCCUCCGUUUCCACUGCGCCGUCAGAGAUCGUUCUUCAGCCCAUUAAAGAAAUCUCGGGACUUGUUAAGCUGCCCGGCUCCAAAUCCCUCUCCAAUCGGAUUUUGCUUCUCGCUGCCCUUUCCGAGGGAACAACUGUGGUGGACAAUUUGUUGAACAGUGACGACAUUACUUACAUGCUUGGUGCGUUGAAGCAAUUAGGGCUAAAUGUGGAACACGACAGUGUAAACAAUCGAGCAAUAGUCGAAGGAUGUAGCGGAGUGUUCCCAGCUUCUAAAGACUCUAAUGGCGCCAUUGAACUUUUCCUAGGAAAUGCUGGAACAGCAAUGCGUCCACUCACAGCUGCAGUUGCCGCUGCAGGUGGAAACGCAAGUUAUGUGCUUGAUGGGGUGCCUCGAAUGAGAGAGAGACCUAUAGGAGACUUGGUUAUCGGUCUUAAGCAGCUUGGUGCAGAUGUUGAAUGCACGUUAGGUACUAGUUGUCCUCCUGUUCGAGUUAACGCCAAUGGUGGACUUCCCGGUGGAAAGGUGAAGCUUUCUGGAUCCAUCAGUAGUCAAUACUUAACAGCUCUACUCAUGUCAGCUCCUUUAGCACUUGGAGACGUAGAGAUUGAGAUCGUUGAUAAGUUGAUUUCGGUUCCAUAUGUUGAAAUGACACUGAAGUUGAUGGAGCGUUUUGGUGUUAAAGCCGAGCAUAGUGAAACCUGGGAUCGUUUCUUCAUCAAGGGAGGUCAAAAAUACAAGUCACCUGGUAACGCAUAUGUAGAAGGGGAUGCUUCUAGCGCUAGUUAUUUCUUAGCUGGUGCGGCCAUUACCGGUGAAACAAUGACUGUUGAAGGUUGCGGAACAAGCAGCUUGCAGGGAGACGUGAAAUUCGCGGAGGUUCUUGAGAAAAUGGGGUGUGAAGUCACUUGGACAGAGAACAGUGUGACUGUUACAGGACCAUCAAGAGACGAUUUUGGGAUGAGACAUCUUCGUGCGGUUGAUGUGAACAUGAACAAAAUGCCUGAUGUUGCUAUGACUCUUGCCGUUGUGGCUCUCUUUGCUGAUGGUCCAACUGCCAUUAGAGAUGUGGCUAGCUGGAGAGUGAAGGAGACAGAAAGAAUGAUAGCCAUUUGCACAGAACUUAGAAAGCUGGGAGCUAUUGUUGAGGAAGGAGCAGACUAUUGUGUGAUAACACCACCAGAGAAACUGAAAACAGCUGAGAUUGAUACAUACGAUGAUCAUCGGAUGGCAAUGGCGUUCUCUCUAGCAGCAUGCGCAGAUGUUCCGGUCACAAUCAAAGAUCCUUCUUGCACCAGAAAAACUUUCCCUGACUACUUUGAAGUCCUUGAGAGAGUCACAGAGCACUAA